AUGGACUGGACCGAAAGCAAGCCUGGCAUCUGGAACAAACCUUUCGAUGGCGCCGAAAGAGCCUUUUACAAUAUGUCGCAGGCAUUCAUCGGCGUAGGCAAAGAACAUGGUUCAAUUCACGCCGUAUGCAACGUUCGAUUCGGUCCUCCGAUUCCAGACCCUCCGACUGCAUUACGACAAGCAUGGCAGGCGUUGAGGUUCGAAUGUCCCACUCUCAGUCUCGUUACAAAUGGACCGACCAAGAUCUACCAACAGCCUGAUGGUAUGGCCGCGAUAGAAGAAUGGACAAAUGAGACGAUGAUAGUGGAGGAAAGGCGCAAACUAGGAGAGGUUCUUGAAUGCCUUCAUCUCCAGCGGUUGCCGUGUUUGUAUUACUUUCCUUGGUCAUCAGAGGUGCUGUUUCACAGCUCGCACUGGCGCAUUGAUGGCAUUGGGACUUGUAUGUUGCUGGAUCGGUUAUUCUAUCUUGCCGCUCACCCUGUCGAUCUAUCUUGCUUGGAAUGGAGGAGGGAAAUGUAUCACCUCUCUCCACCCAUGGAAGAUGCUGCCAACUCCCCGGUUCAAGUUGAUGCUGAUAUGGACGAAUUUGCACGAAAUCUCGUCGAGAAGAAUCAUCGCCAUUCAACUACCGGUGUGCCAUACAAAGGGAAUCUAUCGACUCCACCAGGAUCUUCCCAGGGACAGAAGAUUAUCCUUACCAAAGAAGCAACAGAUGCAUUGGUGGCUGCGUGCAGAAUGUCCAACAUUAGCGUCACAGCUGCUAUUCAUGCCGCUCUGGCCGAUGCUGUCUUUCAUCCCUGUGCUGUAUAUCUCACCGGCAUCAAUCCUACUGUACAACGAGACAGCAGUUUUACAGCCAGAACGACAUCACUUACAAAGAGAUACAAAAAUUGGUAUAGCGAUCUAUACCUGAGAUCCCUACGACCUUUUUAUCAGUACCACGGCGAGACAUUAUCCAAGCGCGCGAUAGAAACUCGCACCUCGCCACCUAGUAAUGUUAUUGUCAGCAGCCUGGGUGUGGUGGAUAGAUAUUUAUCUGGAGACUAUGGAGAUGCAGUUCAAGUGGUUGGCUUUCAUUUUGGAUGCAGUAUUCUGACUCGACAGAUGACAUUGUAUCCGUGGACGUUUCGGGGGGAAAUGCAUCUGGCGGUGAAUUAUAAUGAAGCCUAUCAUGAUAUAUCGGCAAGGGAUUUACUUUUUAGGAUCAUGGAAGUUUUAGAGAGGGAGCUUGAUUUGUGA